AUGGCAGUGCAGCACAAUUGGACCAGGGUCAACAGCAUGGAAAUGGACAGCAACCCACAACUGUCCAGUGAUUGCAACAGGCUAGCCACCUCUCUCAGCAUCAUCCUUUCCGCAUUGUCAUACACCACUGUAAGGCACUACUUCCCCCACACCGUUUCCACCAUUCCAUCCACACGCUCUGGCGUCCCCCACCCAUACUCCCGUCCUACCAGCCGCUCUAGUUGUCGUUCCGUGGCAGCCAACUCCCAACCACCCACUUGCAAAUCAUCUCCCACUCCGCGAAACUUGCCUGGAAUGGAACCAGAGCUGUCCAUUGGCGCUCUCCUUGAGGCUAUCCAAGCCCUCUCCACACAAGUUGGGUCCCUCCAGGACCAAGUCAAGUCUCAAGGCAAGCAAAUCACUCAGCUCACCGCCUUAUGCAAGGAGACCAACGACCUCGUUGGAGACAAGGACCAGGGCGGAGCCCAAACAAAGCCUGGCCCAUUGACUGGGCCUAUCACUCCUCCCACCCACACGGGAGGAGAAGCCCACACUCCAGCAACGAUUAGGCCUGGACUCAAGGCCCCCUUCCGACCAUCAAGGGGCACAGGCUUUGAUUCAGAAGAGGAGGAAGAGCCAAGGCACCCCAAAAGGGAGCCUCAAGGAACGCCUAAACGGCACUUAGGAUCUCUCACCCCUUUUGAUGCAGGGUCCAGUGUAAAGCGGCCAAAGAUGGACCUCCCAGACCCCUAUAAGGGUGAUACCAGGGGACGCAAGGCCACUCAGGACCAAUUUGACAAGGAGGAGCAAAUGGUUGUAUGGAUCCUAUACCAUAUGACCAAUAAAGCUGCCAAUUGGGCUCUCCCCAUUAUUGGGGCCAUCAUCAAGGGCAAAGGCAAUCCCCCCACCACCAUCCAGGCCUUAACGGCCAAGUUCAAAGAAGCAUUUGCCGACCCCGACGCCAAGCAAGCCGCCGCUAGAAAAAUUGCGGCUCUCUCCCAAACAACCACCACCUCCGAGUACGUCACGGAGUUCUGCAAUCUCAUGGCGGAAUUGGACUGGAACAAGGAGGCCUAUAUUGCGCAGUUCACGCAAGGCCUCCACUGGAAGGUCAAGGAACUGCUAUCAACCAAGGAUAGUAUUCCCAAUGAACUCAAGGCAAUUUUUGCGGCCUCUAUUAAGAUUGACAACAUUUGUUGCGAAAAUGAGGAGAACCGUCCCAAAAAGGCACCCGCCAAAUCCCCGGCCACCGUGGCCACUACUUCCACCACUACCACCCAACGGGUCCGCCUCUCAGAGGACCCAAAUUACGUCACACCGGAAGAAAGGGAUUGCCGCCGCGCGUCUGGCCUUUGUGUCAAGUGCGGUCAGAAGGGACAUGGAAUCAAGCAAUGUCCCAACGGAUGGAAAGCCACAGUCAAAGAAGUGGCUAAGAUUGCCGAGGACGUUGAGUCGGGAAAAGAUUGA